GAGUGGAGCUGAACUAGUGCUAAGUAGAGAGAGAGGGAGAUAGAAAAUCAGAGUGGAAGGGGGAGAGAGAAAGUCAGUGCAGAUUGUGCUUACCAAGCAGACUGGAUUAACAGCUGAAACAAACUGGACCUGUUUUUCUCUCUUUAGCUAAAGGUAGAGACUCUGCGACAGCGUGGAUGGCUGUUUAGACAGAGCCGCAUGCUGGUUAGGUACCAGGACAGAAAGCGAUGGCAUUCGUACCCGGACCCUCUCACUCGUCUUCCUUAUAUCUUAUACAGUGAUGAUCUCUUCUUUGUGCUUACUUUGGUUGAGUUUACCUUGGACUUGCAGUGACAUUGACCCGUAACCCCCAACUCUGCUUUGCAGGUUUUGCCUCCCCUGGAGUUGGACUCUAAUUUGUGGCUUUUGACCCCUGGAACAGGAAAGGGUUUUUCAUUUGGCAGGGGACGAAACCUGCUGCGCACCAGUCUGGACAGACCCACCAGCAGUUUUUCAUAAACGCUGGACAACAGGGAUAUUUCUUCUACUACUCAGAUAUAAGCCUGAUCGCACUGGAGGUGUGAACUUAAAGGACCUUACUUGCGUCUAUUGCCCCAGGACCAUGGGCUCUCUCUGGGGCAGCAUUGUGCUGCUGUGUGGGGUGUUUUUGCUCAGGGCGGAUGGCAGCGCAGCCCAACAGACCAAGACCAACGUCCCCCGUCUAAAACUCUCCUAUAAAGACAUGCUGGAGUCUAACAACCUUGUGACGUUUGAAGGCCUUGCCAACAGCUCGUCUUACCACACCUUCCUGUUGGACGAGGAGAAAGGAAGGCUUGUGGUGGGAGCCAAAGACCACAUCUUCUCCUUUAACCUCCUGAACAUCAGCAGAGACUACACACAGAUCCCUUGGCCAGCUUCUUCCACCAGAAGAGAUGAAUGCAAGUGGGCAGGAAAAGAUCUCUCGCGGGAGUGCUCAAAUUUCAUUAAGGUGCUGCAGCCUUUCAACCAGACCCAUCUCUAUGUGUGUGGGACGGGGGCCUUCCACCCUGUGUGUUCCUACCUGGAGGUUGGCAAGAAACUAGAGGACAACGUGUUCAGACUGGAUCCUCUGGUAGAAAAUGGCCGUGGGAAAAGUCCCUAUGAUCCCAAGUUGCUCACUGCCUCCAUGCUAAUUGAUGGAGAGCUGUAUGCUGGGACAUCAGCUGACUUCAUGGGGCGGGACUUUGCCAUCUUUCGCACUCUUGGAAAGCAUCACCCAAUCAGGACCGAGCAACAUGAUUCCCGGUGGUUAAAUGAUCCCAGGUUUGUGGGUGUUCAUCUGAUCCCAGAGAGCGACAAUCCAGAAGAUGACAAAAUCUACCUGCUCUUCAAAGAGAACGCAAUGGAUGGCGAGCACGCUGGAAAGGCCACACAUGCUCGCAUCGGACAGCUCUGCAAAAAUGACCUGGGAGGUCACAGGAGUCUGGUUAAUAAGUGGACCACCUUCUUGAAGGCUCGACUUAUUUGCUCUGUGCCUGGCAGUAACGGAAUAGACACACACUUUGACGAACUACAGGAUGUUUUUCUGAUGAGCACAAAGGAUCCUAAGAGCCCAAUCAUCUACGCAGUAUUUACAACUUCCAGCAACAUCUUCAAAGGUUCAGCUGUGUGUAUGUACAGCAUGACAGACAUCAGGAGAGUGUUCCUGGGUCCCUACGCUCACAGAGAUGGACCCAACUAUCAGUGGGUGCCCUUCCAGGGACGUGUUCCCUACCCCCGGCCUGGCACAUGCCCAAGCAAGACGUUUGGAGGGUUUGAUACAACCAAGGACCUUCCUGAUGAAGUUGUAACUUUUGCCAGAAGCCACCCAGCCAUGUUUAACCCAGUCUACCCCAUCAACAACCGACCAAUCAUAGUCAAGACAGAUGUGGACUACCAGUUCACUCAGAUAGUGGUGGACAAAGUGGAAGCAGAAGAUGGCCAGUAUGAUGUCAUGUUCAUAGGCACAGAUAUGGGGACAAUACUGAAAGUGGUAUCCAUCCCCAGAGGCUCCUGGCAUGAUCUGGAGGAAGUCCUAUUGGAGGAAAUGACUGUCUUCAGAGAGCCAACCGCCAUCACAGCAAUGGAACUUUCCGUGAAACAGCAACAACUGUACAUUGGCUCUGACAUUGGUGUGUCCCAGAUGCCUUUGCAUCGGUGUGAGGUUUAUGGGAAGGCUUGUGCUGAAUGCUGCCUGGCGAGGGACCCUUACUGUGCAUGGGACGGCACCGAGUGCUCCAGAUACUUUCCCAUGGCUAAGAGGAGAACAAGAAGGCAAGAUAUCAGGAACGGAGACCCGCUCACACAGUGCUCAGAUCUGCAACACCAAGAUGAACUCAGUGGGCAGUCGACUCUCCUGGAUAAGACUGUGUAUGGUGUGGAGAACAGCAGCACUUUCCUUGAGUGCAGUCCCAAGUCCCAGAGAGCCGUGACAUAUUGGCAGUAUCAGCGCUCUGCUGAUGACCGCAAACAAGAGGUUCAAUCAGAAGAGCGUUUCAUCCGCACAGACCAGGGCCUACUGAUUCGAACACUCCACAAGAAGGAUUCUGGGAUCUAUCUGUGCCAGGCGGUGGAGCACGGCUUCAUGCAGACCCUCCUGAAGGUGACCUUAGAGGUGAUUGACACCGAGCGCCUGGAGGAUCUGCUCCAUCGGGAUGAAGAGGCAGCAGCCAGCGUACCUGCCCCGCAUAUUCCCCCACCUCAAGAAAGUCCCAAUCAAAAGCUGUGGUACAGAGACUUCCUGUCUUUGGUCAAUCACCCGACUCUGAACAGUGUCGACGAGUUCUGUGAGCAGGUAUGGAAGAGGGAGAGAAAGCACAGAAAACAGAAAGCUCACCUAGUUCAGCAAGUACAAAUACACCAGCAGCAGCAGCAGCAGCAGCAGAAGGUGGUGAGCCCUCGCGCCCACAUGCACGCUCAGGGGCUGGCUGCCAAGUGGAAACACCUGCAAGACAGGCAGAAGGGACGCAACCGCAGGACCCAUGAACUGGAGAGGGCCCCCCGCAGUGUCUGACUCACAAACCCAGACUUUUAAAACCCAUACCUUAAACCACACCCUCAUCCUGUAACCUGAUUAACCUACCCACAUUUCUCCUUCAUAUCGAGAUACAGACAUCUUCCUCAAAGACUGGGUAGAAAAGUGAAACUGGAAAAAGGUAACACUAUCCUGAUCUGCCGGCUGGUGGGUUCUGUGCGUGGGCAGCCAUGUUUACAGUACGGCACUUCAGAGGACCGCAGGAAACCAUGGGAGCAUAUUAUCUCAGCCGGUCUCUGUGGCCUGAACACUGCAGAGGGGCAGUGUCAACCAGCACAACAACUGGAUAUACAUAAACCCACCCUACAGACAUGACUGACUCCACAUUGAGAUGGCAAUGGCAUCGUCUCAUGGCAUGCUAGUUAGGUGUCUUUAUCAGUGUGAAACUAAGUAGAUACCUAAAAAAAAACCUGAUCAUGUUUUUUUUUACUUCACAAAUAUGAAAGAAGAGGAGGUGGGAUUACAUUAUAAACAGUCUGGAGAGUAAAUGGAGUGGCAGUGGAAUUACAAGCACAAAAUAAGUGAAGCACAAAUGGGAUAUUUAGUCACUUUUGGUAUUAUAUAUGGUUAAAUCUGUCAACACUAGAAGAUGCCCAGGCACUGCAAGAAACUAGGAGCAACUGUCCACAUUUUUCAGUGAAUUCAACCAUGUAGCUACGAUGUGUAAAUACUGUAUUCUGUGACAUCUCCUCAUUAUAAAGGGAAUGGCUUGCAGUUGUCUAGUUGCUUUAGAUUGUUAUCCCAGAAAGUACAUUUAUUUAAGAAAAAGUCUUUCGACAGCAGUUGAAAACAGGGAGAUGUUGUACUUGUCUGUUUGUCUACGCCCUAGAUAAGCUUUUCAAACAAAGUCAGGUUUUGUUAUUCUGUUUUGUUUAUGUUUUCAUCAGAUUCCUUCCAGUGUCAGCAGUCGUUACAUUGACUGUCAAUUCAUACGGAUGUCUGCAUCAUCUCAGUGCAUAAAAUGUAAUGCUGAGUUCUUCCAUGUUCAUUUGAUUUGCAUAGACUUUGUCACCACUAUAUGUGUAUUUAUUGAUAUACCAUUAUGUACAUUGUGAAAAUAUUUUCCUCAUUAGCUUGAUUAAUCUGAUUUACAGGACCAAUCUCUUAAAAUAACGGUAUUAUUUUUCACUUAAUGUGGUAAGACUGGAAGUUAUUUAUCAAUAUUGGUCAAUAUCACAUGCAUUACUUAUCAAAUGCACUGAGCAAUAACCGACUAUCCCAAAUGUAUUUUUCUUCCACAUGUAUUACCACAUAUUCAUAUUCUUCACAGGCAGAGCAGUGUAAAAACUUCAAUUCACUGCACGUUAUAUAAAAAACAAGUUUUUCUGAUUAUAACAAUACUUUGAUUAUACAAUGCACACAAACCUGGAAUGUAGCUGUGAACAUUUUGUAAAUAUAAAAUACGAUGGUCUAUGUUUGACAAGUAUCACACUGUGUACUAGUGCAUGUGAAUACUAUUGUAGAGUUCCUGUUUUGCUAUAGCGUUGAUAUAGUCUGGUGUUGUCACCGUAAUUGUGUUGUUUGCUAAUGCAGUACACAAUAUUAAAUAUUUCAAAGAUGUACAUACUAUUUCUGUAAGACUCUUAACUGUAUAAUUGAUCAUUCCGGAGGUAGGUAUUCAUAAAUAAAUAUAUAAACAAGAUCGAAACAGGAUCUCACUGAGGUUUUAAAACGCCCACAGACCUGUUAACAACAAUUAAAAAACAACAUGGAACACUGUUAGUUGAGCAUUGCAACACAUCAGCACAUCAGAGGACCUUGUCUCGUGAGUGUUUGCAACCCUCAUAUGCUUCGGAAACCGUGACGGAAAAGAUGAGAAACAGCUGGAGCCGUUGAAAAACGAUUUAAGGCUAACAAAACAAGUUCAACAUCAGAAUUGUGCAACUUUCAGGAGAGAUGGACAUAUGAUAAGAUCCUCAUUAUAAAGACAAAAAAAAUGGUGCCUCGUUGCAUCUGUCUUGGACAUACGGUGAAAGUGAGGAGAUGAAGUGCUGCUGCUGCUACUGCUUUUAGGCAAGAUGAUGAUGAUGGUGGUGAUGAUGUAUUCUACUGAUCUAAUAAAUGUCUCUUCAUGAA